AUGUGGAAUGGACAUUUUGUCUUUUAUCUCCUGAUUUUGCCAGCUUUUAUGAGUCAAACGGUAUAUGGACAAAGAAAGAAAGGAUCAAAGCCCAAUUCACUUGCAAGGACAAAUGAUCUCCAGGACUCCACUUGCUUCAUAGACGUUGUCUUCAUCGUGGACAGCUCUGAAAGUUCUAAAAUUGCUCUCUUUGACAAACAGAAAGAUUUUGUAGCUAGCUUGAGUGACAAGGUUUUCCAAUUGACCCCGGGUCGCUCCUUGAAAUAUGACAUCAAAUUGGCAGCUCUUCAGUUUAGCAGCUCUGUCCAGAUCGACCCAUCUUUUUCUUCUUGGAAGGAUCUACAGACUUUUAAGCAGAGGGUCAAGUCUAUGAAUUUCAUUGGGCAAGGUACUUUCUCUUAUUAUGCCAUCUCCAAUGCCACUAGGCUACUCAAGAGAGAAGGACGUAAAGCUGGUGUAAAAGUAGCUUUGCUGAUGACUGAUGGCAUUGACCACCCAAAGAGUCCAGAUGUUCAAAGUAUUUCUGAAGAAGCCAGAACUGCAGGAAUACUAUUUAUCACCAUUGGACUUUCUACUGUAGUCGAUGAAGCCAAACUUCGUUUGAUAUCUGGGGAUUCAUCUAGUGAACCCAUUCUCCUGUUGAGUGAUCCAGACCUUGUAGAUAAAAUUCGGGAUCGCCUGGACAUCUUGUUUGAAAAGAAGUGUGAACGCAAGAUAUGUGAAUGUGAGAAGGGUGAUCCAGGCGAUCCAGGCCUUCCGGGUACCCAUGGAAACCCGGGUAUCAAAGGUGAACGAGGACCAAAAGGAAACCCGGGUGAUGCUCAAAAAGGGGAACCUGGAGAAAGAGGCCCAGGGGGAAUUCCUGGGUACAAGGGUGAGAAGGGUGUACCUGGAGAAUGUGGUAAACCAGGAAUAAAAGGUGACAAAGGAUCCCCCGGGCCAUACGGAUCAAAAGGACCCAGAGGACUCCAGGGCAUCAGUGGACCUCCAGGGGACCCAGGCCCCAAAGGAUUUCAAGGCAAUAAGGGUGAUCCAGGUCCUCCUGGUCCUUAUGGUCCUCCGGGAGCCCCUGGGAUUGGACAGCAAGGUAUUAAGGGGGAGAGAGGCCAGGAAGGAAGAACAGGAGCUCCAGGACCGAUUGGUGUUGGUGAGCCAGGCCAGACAGGUCCCCGUGGUCCCGAGGGAGUGCCGGGAGAGAGGGGCUUACCGGGAGAAGGCUUCCCAGGACCAAAGGGUGAAAAAGGUUCUGAAGGUCCAAUUGGCCCACAAGGACUACAAGGCCUGUCGAUCAAAGGGGACAAGGGGGACUUGGGACCCGUGGGACCCCAAGGACCAAUGGGCAUUCCCGGAAUUGGGAGUCAAGGGGAACAGGGAAUCCAAGGCCUUAUUGGUCCCCCUGGUCCUCAAGGACCCCCAGGACAGGGCUCACCUGGUUCCAAGGGAGAAGUAGGCCAGAUAGGACCUCCAGGCCCUAGAGGACCAGUGGGGAUUGGAGUACCAGGUCCAAAGGGGGCGCCAGGCUCAAUAGGGCUCCCAGGACAGCCCGGCAUUCCAGGGGAAGAUGGAGCUGCAGGGAAGAAGGGAGAAGCGGGGCUUCCAGGAACAAGAGGCCCAGAGGGAGCACCUGGAAAAGGACAACCUGGCCCCAAGGGUGAUGAAGGAAAGAGAGGGAGCAAAGGAAAUCAAGGACAGAGGGGAUUUCCAGGGCCCGAGGGGCCAAAGGGUGAGCCAGGGGUUAUGGGCCCUUUUGGAAUUCCUGGAGCAUCAAUUCCUGGACCACCUGGACCGAAGGGAGACAGAGGUGGACCUGGGGUGCCCGGAUUUAAAGGGGAACCUGGCAUUGCUAUUCGAGGACCAAAGGGACCUCGAGGAUUACCAGGACCCCCGGGACCAAUGGGUUUACGUGGAGUGGGGGACACUGGAGCAAAGGGAGAGCCAGGUGUCAGAGGACCUCCGGGCCCCUCUGGGCCUCGGGGCUCAGGAACCCAAGGACCCAAGGGUGAUAUUGGGCAGAAAGGUUUGCCUGGCCCUCCUGGCCCCCCUGGCUAUGGAUUACAAGGAAUUAAAGGGGAGCAAGGACCUCAAGGCUUUCCAGGACCAAAGGGCACGGCAGGCCGUGGCUUCCCUGGCCAGAAGGGAGAGCAUGGAGAACGGGGCGAUGUGGGGAAAAAAGGUAAUAAAGGGGACAUCGGAGAGCCCGGAUCACCAGGAACACAGGGGUUACAAGGACCAAAAGGAGAGCAAGGACUUACAAAAGAAGAAAUUAUCAAACUUAUUUUUGAAAUUUGUGGUUGUGGACCCAAAUGUAAAGAGACUCCUCUAGAGCUCUUGUUUGUGAUUGACAGCUCAGAAAGUGUGGGGCCUGGCAACUUCCAAAUCAUCAAAAAUUCUGUGAAGGCUCUGACUGAUCAGGUGGCGCUGGACCUUGCCACGACCCACAUAGGCAUCAUCAACUACAGCCAUAAGGUGGAGAGGGUGGCUCAUUUGACAGAGUUCUCCAGCAAAGAUGACUUUAAGCUGGCCGUGGACAACAUGCAGUACCUGGGAGAAGGCACCUAUACCGCCACAGCUCUCCAUGAAGCCAACCGCAUGUUUGAAGCUGGAAGGCCAGGUGUAAAGAAAGUGGCCUUGGUCAUCACUGAUGGGCAGACAGAUACCCGAGAUGAAAAGAAUCUGACACAGGUGGUGAAGAAUGCCAGGGACGCCAAUGUGGAAAUAUUUGUGAUAGGGGUGGUAAAGAAAAAUGACCCCAACUUCGAAAUGUUCUAUGAAGAAAUGAAUCUAAUUGCUACUGAUAGUGGUCAUGUUUAUCAAUUUGAUGAUUUCAUUACCCUACAAGACACCCUGAAGAAAAGACUGUUCAAAAAAAAUUGUGAGAAAUUUGAUUCCUACCUCCCUAAAAUUUUGGGUUCAUCUCCACUUCAACCUGGGUUUGGAAUGUCAGGAGAAGAACUCAGCAUUUCCACUCCAGAGCCCCAGAAAGAAUUGUCUGAGUCAGUCAGUAUCCUCGGAGCCCAGGACAAAGAGGAUGAGCCUCCAGAGCCUACCUGGGCUGACAGCCUGACCACCACACCUUCUUCUGAAGCUGCCACCAUCCAGGGGCCAUUGAGCAGCCCCUCUGAGGAUGGGACCAUGGACCCUAGGUGUUUAGAAGACCUAAAACCUGGAAACUGUGCUGAAUAUGUGGUUCGAUGGUAUUAUGACCAACAGGUCAACUCUUGUGCCCGCUUUUGGUUCAGUGGCUGUAAUGGCUCAGGAAAUAGAUUCAACAGUGAAAAGGAAUGUCAAGAAAUCUGCAUUCAAGGAUGA